UGAUACAUUUCCAUUACUUGCCUUCUCUUCAUUUCAGCAGACGGCUUAGCUAAUUGCACUCCAGUUUAGAAGCAAAUAAUUUCAGCACUUCUGUAACAUUGUUGAGUUGAAAAGGCACUGUAUACCAAGAAACAAAUAUCAAGGCUGUGAAAGAAUGCCAACAACUGAGGGCACAUUGUUCAUUUUGCUGCUGAUUAGUCUGCAGUUGGCCAGAAAUUACAGUGAAGAUGCAGUGAAUCCCACAUCUUCAAGAAGCAGUGUAAGCAGCACUCCUGUGAGUCCAACUAUAUUUAAUGUGACCUCUGAUAGAACGUCUACAGAACCAGGACAUAUCAGUGCUAAUCCAAAUUACAGUACUGUAACAGAAAGCAAUACUUCAAGCAACAAGACCAUCUCAACCCUGACCCCAACAUCAACUCUUCACAGUUUAUUAUUACCAACAACACAUCCACUAACUUUUACUACAAAAGAUGUAAAGCAUAGGAUAUCCUCUUCGGGGACACCUGCAAAUACUUCUAGAAGUUAUGAAGCCACCACUUAUUUCAAGUCAUUUGAAACUGAAUCAAACAGUGUCAUCACAACCAUUCCUAAUAUCAGUUUCACAACCAUGGUUUUCCAUAACACAACUCAAGUGGAUGGUUUAACAUUUCCUUCCAAUAAAAAUUUAUCAAGUACAAUAGGUAUGUUGCUAACUACCAAGAAUAGUGCUGUUACAACUGAAUUAUCAACAACAGCAAAUCUACGUCCCAAAGCAACUGAUAGUUCUACAGAAGCAAGAGAAGCAUCGAAAGAAAGUCAUACUCAUGGAGGGGUAAUAUUUGGAACAAUUGUAGGAGCAAUGUUAGGAUCUGCAUUGAUUGGCCUGGUUGGAUAUUUAAUCUGUGGUAAAAGAAAACCUGAAUCGUUUGGACAUCAGCGACUUUAUGAUGACACAAGAAAUGAUCCAGUUCUACGACUAGAUGCUAUACCUGAACCUUUCAACCCAAACUUUGGAGAGCUAUCCUACUUCAAUCCCAUGGUAGCCAAUGAGAACCCUGUCCAGAACCACAAAGAAACAUCAUACAAUGCAAUCCCAAUGGAUGACAUGAUAUCAUCACAGCCUUCAGCAGAAAUGCAUAAAGCCAGAUGUUAGAAUUAAAAACAUAUAGAUCUUGUUCCUUCUUGUGGCUCCUAUAACAUUUGAAUGUGUGUAAGAAGUAAUGAUUGCAGGUCAUGUCAUACUCUUUUUAUCAUUCCUUUGCGAGUGCAUGUAUAUAUGCUAACCCAUUAGAAGAAAUGCUGGCAGUUUCACAACAAUGACUUCUUGAUCUUAAUCUGAAGUAUCCUUUCUUUGUUUUUGAACUUUUCUGCUUGAUAAUAUCCCCCAAAUAUGUGCUAAUGUCCAUCGAAAACAUGACAUUGGACAAAAGAGAUUUUUCACCCUUUUAAAGAACAUCAAUUUUUCAAUUCAGGCUUUAAAUGAAAUUAGACUAGUAUCACAAUAUUAGUGAUAAUAUACACUCUAGUAAAUCCCCUUUGUCCUUCCAAAUACUAAUUCUAAUGACAUUCAGAGUUGAGCACAUUCUUCAAGGAACUGAUUGUUUAAUACUGAGCAGGUAAACUAUUUUCAUGGCAUUGCUUAAAUUCAGCAGCCAAAGUAAUAAAUUUUGGCAACAUUGCUCUCUCCAUUUUUUUUUUAAAAAAAUUUUCUCUCAUAAAUCAUAAUCAAGUCUCUGGAGUAUUCUCUUUCUAUACUUUGCUCCAAUUGGGAAAAAAUAAGCUUACAAUUUCAUAUCUGCCCAUUCUAGUGUCAUCACCAGAUCACCCUCCAGCUUUUCUGGAAAAAGAAAGGAAAAAGAGGAAAAGAUGCCCUUCCCGGAUUUAGGAGGAAAGUAAUUUUGUUAUAUAACAGGUUUUUUUUAAAACCGUAGCAAAGCACCCUAAUUUUCUUUUAUAUUAUCUAAAAAAUAAAUUACCAAAUAAUCUAAUUAUUAUUGGUAGGUCAAUUUAGAAUCAAUAGCCAUGUUCACCAAAGUGAUGUUUCUUAAAUAUGCUGGAAUUAUAACUGCCCAACUUUCCAAACUUCAGGUUAUUUGGGAAUCCAAGGAACUGGAGCUCCAUCUGUAGCACAUCAAGCUGGCAAUAAAGGAAAGCUAACAGAAUAACAGAGUUUGAAGGGACCUUGGAGGUCUUCUAGUGCUUAAACAAGAAUCCUUAUACCAUUUCAGACAAAUGGUUGUCCAAUCUCAUCUUAAACCUGCAGUGUUGGUAUACCCACAACUUCUGGAGGCAAGUCAUUCCAUUGUUUGAUUGUUCUAUUGUUGGGAAAUUUCUUCAUAGUUCUAGGAUGGUUCUCUCCUUAAUUAGUUUUUACCCAUUGCUUCUUGUCCUACCUUCAGGUGCUUUGGAAAAUAGGCUGACUCCCUCUUUGUGACAACCCCUUAGAUAUUGGAACACUGCUAUCAUAUCACCACCUAAUUCUUCUUUUCAUUAACUGGACAUAUCCAAUACCUGCAACUGUUCCUCAUCUCUUUUAGCCUCCAGUCCCCUAAUAAUCUUUGUUCUUCUAUGCACUCUUUCUAGAGUCUCAAUGU